CUGGUGAGUCCCAUUCGAAUGAAUGUACAAUAUCGCUGACCAGUCCCGACGAUCCCCUCAAAAAGAUUCGCAUCUUGUAAGCGAGCAGACGUGCGAAACAAACAGUCAAAUUAUGCAGAUUGAGUGUAUUAUCGUGUUAACGAGCUUAAUAGCAGCGGCAUCAGCGGGAUGGAGGCUCCAGACGGUCGAUGACCUUCUGCGUAAUCGGAACAAAUGUGUAAAGAUUCUGAACAUGCAGGACGAUCUGCAGGAAGAAUUCGGGCUGUUCGACUUCCCUGAUCAGGACUCGGCCAAAUGUGUGUUCAAAUGCAUCAUGAACAGGAUGGGGCUUUUUAGCGACAAGCGUGGUCCUCACGUAGGACGACUCGUGAAGCAGAUGAAGUUCGCGUCGAUGUCCUCCACCAAAGCGAUUCGGGACGAAAUCCUCAACUGUGCCUAUCAAGACAUGGAAAUGGAUCCCGAGGAUGUUUGCGAUCGAGCCUACGCGCUGUAUCAGUGCAUUCAGAAUAGUAACCUAUUGCAGCUGAAGUCACCCGAAACGGUGAAAACUUAAUUGCCGUUGUUGAACUGCGUGACUGGGAACGACUCUACACCGAAAAACUGUGUCAUAAGUGGAUGAGAGCAGUUAAUUUUCUUAGUUUGAUAAGAACAAAGGGGCCACCGCGCUUCAUUUUAUUAUACCGUAUUGUGAUAGAAGCAUAAGUAGCCGAUCACGCCACAUUUCCGCUCUUCAUUGGACGCAUCGCAUCAGUCAGUAGCAGAUGUCAGCACACUCUACGAAGAGAAACGAAGUCACGUGAUCAGUACAUUCGAAGUGAUGCUGAGCUCUUCGUGGAAACCCGAAUGACUGAUCCAGCAAUAACAAGAUUCUUUCGCUGGGGGUACCACGGCUGUUGCGUGCGUUGGGCAUUAUCAGUUUAUAUUCACGAAACCUCAUUAUGACUGUGUAAAUCAUCAUUAUAUUAUUUUAGCUUUAAGGUGACAGUUCAAGAAUAUCAUUAUAAUAAAUGUAUUUGUGGAGUUUAUUACGAUAAUGCAAUACUUACACAUAUUAUAACACCUUUUCUAGAGUGUUAUUGCCUAAUCAAUAAAUUGGUUUUCAACUCACCGAAAAA